AGCCUCUUGCCAGUCUACAGUCAUGUUCCGCAGCGCACUCAGAGCCUCUACAUCCCUCUCCUUCGCCGUCCGGCGCACCGCAGCAGCCCCGAGGGCUACCGCACUUUCCCCGGGCCUCCAAUUCGCCCGACGCUACCUCUCGAAUGACGUCCGACAGAAAAUACAACAAGCAGUGCAGUCUACACCAGUGGUGGUCUUCAUGAAAGGUACACCCGACCUGCCUCAGUGUGGGUUCUCGCGCGCUGUCGUACAAGUGCUUGAUCUGCAUGGAGUGCCACCGGAGAAGAUGAAGACGUUCAAUGUGCUGGAGGACUCGGAGCUGAGGAGUUCGAUCAAGGAGUUCUCGGACUGGCCUACUGUACCACAAGUGUACAUCAAUGGCGAGUUCGUCGGCGGAUGUGACAUCAUCCUAAGCAUGCAUCAAUCAGGCGAACUAGAGAACCUGCUCGAGAAGGCCGACGUCAUACCCAAAAUCCCCGAGUCGGAGUCGCAGACGCAAAGCUCCGCCUCCAGUUCAUGAUUCCACCAGCGUCGUGGUUAGACGAGGUAUCGUAGUAUAUAACGAGGAUGUAAUACUUGUGCAUUUAUCCACUUUUCUGGUUCACCGCUCAAGGAUCGCUUUCUCCAGC